AUGGAGAGCGGCUUGCUCCUCGACAUUAUAUCAUCUCCCACGCUCGUGAUGUCUCCGCCCAUUCCCACCAAGGCCUCGGCAGUCUCCCUCGUGGCAAAGCACAACCAACGCUCCGCUUCCGGCGCUCCCAGCGCGAAGCGCCAGCGCUGCUCGGAUGGAAGCGUUGCCGCGGAGGCGUCAGCGGAGAAGGCGGCGGAUAUGUCGCGACCGAAGUCUUGCUUUAUAAUGCUCCAGGAGGACGGGGACGAUGAGAUAACUGCUGCGGAUAUCGCGUGGUGCGACGACGGAAGCUACGUGGAAAUAGACACUGACGCACUUUUCGCUCUUGAUGAAGAACCGUCGGCGAAGACUCGGAGCGCUCACGACAGCGAGCAGCUGUCGGAGGAGCUGUCGCAUGAGAACCUCGGAGCUUCGCAUGCGUCGCACGCGUCGCAUGAACGGCAGGGGAAUGGCGGGAGUGGCAGCAGCAGCGAGAGCGGGGAGACGUUGAGCGAGAAGCAGAACAAGAGCGGCGAGGAGGGAUCCACGAAAAAGACGGGCAAGGAAGGGCGCAGCAAGCGCAAAGUCAAGGUGGAUUGGACUCCCUCCCUACACCGCAAGUUCGUGCAGGCGGUCGAGGCGCUCGGCGUCGAGCGCGCGAUCCCGUCGCGCAUCCUCGAGCUCAUGGGCGACGCGGCUCUCACGCGACACAACAUUGCCAGCCACCUCCAGAAGUACCGCUCGCACCGCCGCCACUUGCUCGCCAAGGAGGCGGAAGCCGCCACCUUGCACGCGCGCGCGCCGGCGCACGCGCCGCCCCCCGACCCCAGCUCCUGGACUCCACUCCGCCGAGACGGCACCGCGUGGGUGCCCGCAAGCGUCGCGUCGAGCGUUCUCAGUCCGCGGAGUUCCUCCGCUACCGCUGGCGCGUCCGCUUGCGCGGCCUCCGCCAUCGCCGCGGGCUCGUCCGCCAGCGGCGCGGCCAGCGCGGCGGGUUCUGCAGCGGCAGCCGCGACGUCGCCUGUCGGGAUUUCAGCUGCGCAGACGGCGGUGGGCAUUCCCCCUGCGCACGCCGGCGCAAUGGCAGCGGGCCACGCGGGUAUAAUGUCCCCAAGAGGCAACGUAGCUGUGGGUUCCCGCGGACGUUCCCCCAGUCCUCCGCCGCGCACGCGGGAAUGCCCGCGCACCUCGCUGGCGCGGGGGUUGGCGGAACGGCCCCCGGAAUGCUCCCUGGCGGAGGACGCGUUGUGA